UGGUUGGUGUUCCAGAGGAAGCAAGCGAUCAUAUUAUAACUCUCGGUGUAAUCAUGAAUACCAAGGGACUCGGCUCUCAGCUAAAGGACAGUAUCCCGGUUGGGGAACUUUCCACACAGUAUGGAGGGUAUGGAGUCCAUGAUACUCUCCGUACAGGAUUUAGGAGUGUGCAAAAUGAACUUCUGCCAAGUCAUCCUCUGGAGCUGUCAGAAAAAAACUUCCAGUUAAACCAAGACAAAGUAAGCUUGGCUAAUCUAAGAAAUAUCCAAGGACUGCAUGCACCACUCAGACUGCAAAUGGAAUUUCAAGCCGUCAAACAGGUUCAGCGUCUUCCAUUCCUUCAGAGCUCUAACAUUGCUUUAGAGUCAUUGAGAGGGACCGAUGAAACUAUUGGCUUUGAAGAUAUUCUCAAUGAUCCUUCACAAAGUGAAAUCAUAGGAGAGCCACACAUGAUGAUGGAAUAUAAGCUUGGUUUAUUGUAAAACAUGUAUGGGGGGAAAAACUAAUAAAGUAUAGUGAAUUCUUUUCUAAAUGA